AUGGAUUUUAAGAGCAUAGGGGGAUUAAUUAAAGGUUGAGGUAGACUUCUUGCACUCGACAGUAGACUUUUCAAACUAACAGCUGAGUAGAUUCAGCACUGUGCUACUACGGUGCUUUUGACUACUGGGGAAAGGGUACAAUGGUGACUGUUUCAUCAGCCACUCCACAACCACCAACCGCGUUUCCUCUGAUGCAAUGUGAUGCUGCAACAGCAGACACGAUCACUGUUGGCUGUCUUGCCACCGGCUUCACACCCUCCUCACUGACCUAUGCAUGGAGGAAAAAUGGAGUAGCCUUGACAGACUUCAUUCAGUACCCUCCAGUACAGAAAAACAACCUGUAUACAGGAGUCAGUCAAAUCCGAGUGAGGAGACAGGACUGGGACAGUAUAAAGACUUUACAAUGUGCCGUGACACAUCCAGCAGGAAAUGCUGAGGUUGGUGUGUACGGAGGCCCACAUACUCCUGAGGAAGACGUCAUUAAGCCAAGCCUUAAAGUGUUGGCCUCCUCUGAUGAGGAAAACGAAGCCUCCUUCUCCUGCUUUGCCAAAGAUUUUUCACCAAACACUUAUGAGUUCAAAUGGCUGAAAAAUGACAAGGACAUCGCCAACAAAAAAUAUGAGCUCACAACACCUGCUAAAGAAACAAAGUAUGAGAAUGGAACUGUAGUGUACAGUGCAGCAAGCCUUCUCGUAGUGCCGUCCAGUGAGUGGACUUCAGGAACAACAUUUACAUGUCAGUUUAAGGGGGAAGGUGAAACUGUCACGAAUUCAUCUGUGACUCACGAUAAACCUCCAUGUGGCGGAUGUAAAACAGCUGAUGUGGACAUAACAAUCUUAGGACCAAGAAUGGAGGAUAUCUUUAAGGAUAGCCUUGGACAGAUAGUGUGUCAGGUCAAUGUAAGCAAGCCAUCUGUCAGUAGGAUUUGGUGGGAGAACGAGUUUGGAAAAGAACUGGUUAGUUCCCCACAGGACGCCAUUAAAAUAACUACAGGCGUAUUCAACCUUUCACUUGAGAUCACGUAUGAAGAAUGGAGCCAGGGGGUAAAGCGCUACUGCUUUGUUGAACACACAGAGUGGGUGGAGCCAACAAAGAGACCCUUUGAAAGGAAUGCUGAGCUCCUGAUUGAACCUAACUAUAAGUGGGACAGUACCAUGGAGGCAGAAGAAGAUAACAUGGGAGACACAGCUAUCACCUUCAUCCUUCUCUUCCUCAUCACUCUGCUGUUCACCAUUGGAACGACUGCUUUCAAGGUAAAGUUGUGCACAGAUUUGUAUUUAAUUCAACCAGACAAGUGAGUAAACACUUUUAUGUAUUCAAACUACAAAGAUGCAAGAGCAAAAAGGCACCCACUCCUCCUAACCUGAGGUGUAAAAUGACAAUAGGUUCAAUAAAGCUUAGGGACAAUUAUUAAAAAUUAAUGUUUGAUCAUAAUUUGUUACUCUUUUGAAGAUCUUAUUAACCACACUGGAACAAAAACUAUCUUUAUCCAUUAUGCCACUAUGUUUUUACAUUUUUUUUUUUGAUAGCUUAUACUUCUAAGUUAUUGCAACAGAAGCUUAGGUAUCAGUGAUGAUCAACAGCAAAGUUUGUGCAGUUUCAUACUUUGAAACAUGAUAAACAUACAGUUAAAAAUUACCUUUGUAAAGUAUAGCCAUUGUUAAAUGUUAAGCUUUUUGAACACAACAAUGAUUAUUUUAAAUUAAGCCUUUAUUGUAUAUUCAGUAUCAUCCCAAAUUCCUUUUUCUGAAGCUAAUUAAGAUAAAUUAUUUUUACAUUAUGACAGCAAACAAAAGCAGAAGCCAGUUGUAACACUUUCACUGUGCAGUAUAUGUUUAUUUUACAAUCAUCAGAUGAUUACAUGUAUGAUGUUAAUUCUCACUUGACAAUAAUAAAGCUGAUCUCACCUGUAAGAGUGAGAUCAGCUCAUAACACCAUUGAAAUCCAAAACAAAUAUCUAAGUUCAACUUUUACUUAAACCAUGAAGCGCAUCCUUACACAGAGAUCAGGUCAGCAUUCAGGCUUCAUGUGUGUAUUAUGAUAUGUAUUAUACAGCAAUGUUGUAACUUGUAACUUUUGCAAUAUAACCACACAUGUAAGUGGUGAGAAAUAGCAUUUGAUCACUGUACUGCAGUAUUACUAAUUCUUUUAUUUUUAUUCUUUUUCUGUCUUUUCAGAUUAAAUGAAACAAGAUGAACUGUCUGUAAAAAGUUUUUUUCUCACAUUUUUUCUUAAAAAUUCAUUGCAUCAU